AUGUCCUUUACGCUGACUUUAUGUAGCAACACGUUGGAGGGCAAACAACAUUCUUUCCCGUAUACUAUACUGCUGAAACACCCAGAAAUACGCCACGUUGGAUCCGUCCAGAACCCGAAUUCAGAACUGUACGUGACUGCUCAGCUAUGGGCCGAAUCAAAGCCACUAGGUGUCUCUAUGCAAACGCCACAUACGUUCUUCAAGAACAACAGAACCUGGAAUAAAUGGCUAGAGUUACCCGUUCUAGUCAAGGACUGCCCCAUCUCCUCACAGAUCGCCAUCACCGUAUGGGACAUUUCGCCCUGUCCCGAGAAUGGUAGCAUUGACCACGCUGUGCCAUUUGGCGGCACCACCGUUCCGUUGUUUGACGGAGAUGGUGCCUUGAGGAAAGGUCGCCAGAAAUGUAAAGUCUAUCGCCGGAGAGCCGCCGAUGGUCGGUCGCCAUCUAGGACUCCCCACAUUCCCCGUCCAAAACGUCGAAAGCCAAAUGAGCAGCCGCCUCCCCCUAUUCCGGAAGAGGACGAGCUCGAAAGGCUCGAGCAACUCUUCAAGAAACAUGAAAUGAACGAGAUUCCUCAGAACGACUGGCUGGAUCAACUGGUCUUUCAGAACGUUGGGAAGAAAGCCCGCGAAGUUGAGGAAGCUGCACAAAAACGUUCCUCAGUCAAAAACCCCUCGAAGCGCAAGUCGGCCCAGUUGAUAUCCAAGGGAAUCAAUGACACUGCGAACGGACUCGCACAACUUGAUCCAGACGCCGACGACGACUCUGAUGACGAUACGGAUGAUGAAGAACGUUUCACUCUUUAUGUUGACUUCCCUCGCUGGGACUUCCCCGUCAUUUUUGAAGAUUAUGGAUAUGAGCCAUCGAAAAUGAUGAAAGAGUUUCAAAGUACUCCUUCGGCUUCCGCAGUCGGGGCAAAACCGCCGCCAGAGGUCCGAUAUGGUCCAGGUAUCGCUCCAGGCACAUCCGUUGUUGAUGACGAGGAUUACCCGGUAGUCCAAAUCUUCGACCCCGAGCAGUUCCAACGGGAAAAUCCCUGUGAGAGCAAACACCGUCGACUGGUUCGAAGCGACAGGAAUGCAUUUUCCGAUAGUGAUCAAAAGCCGAACGCCAAAAUGAGGGACGAACUCAACGAGAUUCUGUCGUAUGGCCCGACGCAGGAGCUGAGUGCGCAAGAUAAAGAUGUCAUCUGGACAUUCCGACGGCACUUGAGUCGUGAUAAACGAGCUCUUACCAAGGUCGUCAAAGCGACUGAUUUCACCAAUCCAAACGAGGUGCGCCAACUUGUCGAAUUGAUCCCUAGGUGGGCCAAGAUCGAUGUUGAUGCAGCACUCGAAUUACUGGGUCCGACCUAUGAUAACCCAGUCGUCCGAGCCUAUGCCGUUGACCGACUUCGACAAGCUGGGGACGCCGAGUUGCAAUUAUAUCUUCUUCAACUCGUCCAAGCGCUGAAAUUUGAAAAGUAUGAGAGUACCGAAGAAGGCCUUCCAACUUCGUCAUUGGCCAAAUUUCUCAUUGAUCGUGCUGCAAACAAUUUUAUGCUCGGGAACUACUUGCAUUGGUUUCUCAUGGUCGAAUGUGUCGACCAGGGCAGCGAGACCAGCGCUACAAAUCGAGCUGUCUUUGCGAGAGUAGAGUACUACUUCAUGGUGGAGUUAGAAAAACGUGAUCCAAGUCUGCGCAAGACCUUGUUGCGACAAGGCGAAUUGAUCACGAUCCUCUCGAGUAUCAGCAAGGAAAUUCGUUUCAGCAGGACCAAUCGCCUACAAAAGAUCGAGUUGCUUAAGAAGACUCUGGCUGAUCCCAAGAACGAACUUGUCAAAAUCGAGCCACCUAUCCCGCUGGCGCUUGACCCCGAAGUCCAGGUAUGUGGAAUUUACCCCGAAGAAGCCAAUGUCUUCAAAUCAUCAUUGUCACCAUUAUACCUCAACUUCAAAGUCGCCAACGCCACCGAAGAUUCGAGUGCAUCCACACAGAGAACGCAGACACACGGCAAAUAUCCCAUUAUUUUCAAGACGGGCGAUGAUUUGCGGCAAGACCAGCUCGUCAUCCAGAUUAUUACCCUCAUGAACAACCUCCUGCUCAAGGAGAAUCUUGACCUGAAAUUGACACCCUACCGCAUUCUCGCCACGUCGCCAUCGGCUGGUGCUGUCCAGUUCAUACCAUCAACGGCGCUUUCGGUGAUCUCGGCAAAGUACAAGGGGUCGGUGUUGGCCUAUCUGCGCGCCAACAACCCCGACGCAUCUGGACCUCUUGGUGUCCGUAAGGAGACCAUGGAUACGUACAUCAGAUCAUGUGCCGGAUACUGUGUGAUCACAUACAUUCUGGGCGUCGGCGACCGCCAUCUCGACAACCUGUUGCUUCAACCGUCGGGGCAUUUCUUCCACAUCGACUUCGGUUUCAUCCUUGGGAGAGAUCCGAAGCCGUUUGCACCCCUCAUUAAGUUGUGCAAAGAAAUGGUGGAAGGGUUGGGAGGCACCACGUCGCCGCAAUAUGCUCAAUUCAAACAAUUCUGCUUCACGGCCUACACGGCCCUGCGCAAGUCCAGCUCCUUGGUGCUGAACCUGUUCAGUUUGAUGGUCCAGAGCUCUGUCACGGAUAUUAGGCUGAUGGAAGAACAGAUGGGCGGCAUAGGAGGCGCUGUGGGCAAAGUGAGGGAAAGGUUCAAUCUUGAUGUCAGUGAAGAAGAGGCAGUGAGGGCACUGGACCAGGUUUUGGCGGACAGCGUCAAUGCUGUAUUUGGGGUGGUCAUUGACAGACUCCAUGAGUUUGUGCAGGGUUGGCGGGCUUGA